GGAAGGCGCUGAUGCUCAGAUAUGCUCGUCGCAUCGCUUUCGACACUCUGCGUUUGUGUGCAUACUGGUAUUUACAUCUUGCCUUUUUCCUCAAGUUGUAAAUGGACAGGUCGCGCGCAUCCAAGAGGUCAGUCAUGGCGCAGACAACAACAUCGCAACUAGUGACAAUGAGUUGACGUCGGCGUCCGAUGUCGGCAAUACGCACAUGGAGAUGAAGUAUCAUGAUGAGCCGUCACUAGACAAAAAGGACGAAGAAGAAGAUAAUGAGAACCACGAAUCAUCAGCGUCUUUCGUCGCGCUCCUCGCAAGGCAUCAGGUUCCCUCACACAAUCCGGAACACAGUUGCGAACGGCGGAUCACCGAUUGGCCGCAAAUGAAGCGGAUGUUGACAGAGUAUGCGGAUGGACAACUGUACAUGACCCCGGAGGGCGCACGUGGCUGGCAGUGGCAAAAGCAUCUCUUCAUGCAUAAUCCCGACCUCGAUUUCUGCCCCGUGGGGCUCCUCACGUAUUUUCUCACUGACACCCACAUACGCAUGCACCAUAAAGUUGUUCUGCCUCGUGAUGGAAACGAUGAAGUUGAGGACGACGAAAGCGCGCUGCUGACGAUCGAUGGCAAGCCUGGAAUGUUCGCCGGCGAUAGCUUCUACCUCCAUGGAGAUGAUGUGCGAAGAGUGAUAGAAAGAGACGUGGACCCUGGCGUUGCGUCGCAGCCUGACCGCUCUGAGUCGGACUCCGAGGAGGUCGUGCAGGAUUCAUCUUCAAGUAACUCGUAUCCAGAGUCAGAGAACUUCAAAAUUAAUAUCAAAGAUUAUGUUCCAAUUUUGGCGACUUCGACUAAUAUGCGCAUACCUAGAGCGAUUUGGCACUUGAUCGACUCUCUCUUGUACUACGAAGAACUUUUUUGGCAGAGGCUAGACAUGAGCAUGAUUUUGUGGAGCGGAUGGCCCAGCUUGAGGAUCCAAGCAAAAAUUCAAGAUAGUGUCCGCGAAAUUUUGAGAAAAGUUCUGAUAGAAGUCGGCCAGUCAAGAACUACAACAGAGUCCUACUCGACACGAGGAAAGGCAAACACACAGCAUAGUGGCGCAGCGACUUCUACUGACUCUACUGCCACGAAUGCUUCAGCAACC